AUGUACUAUGAUCAAUCUAACAACGUACGCGCGGUCGGUGCCGAGGCUCUGCAAGAGCAUAUCAUUGAGGAAGCAGAGGACCAGCAAUGGUUGAAGUUAACGUGGUGGAAGUUACAUUUACGUCCCAAACAUCUUGCCGCCGAACAUAUCAAAGAACAGGACAUCCCACCUCUUCCGCAUGGUCUCACGGCCGUAGAGGUCCUCGCAGACUUUAUGGCGUAUCUAUUUCGCUGCGCGCAGACUUAUAUCGAGGAUACUCACCUAAUCGGCAAGAGCCUCUUCGCCUUCCCCAGAACCGACAUCGACUUCGUCCUGUCCCAUCCCAACGGAUGGGAAGGCGCGCAGCAGAGCCACAUUCGGCGCGCAGCGGUUCUUGCCGGUCUUGUGCCAGACACGCUCGAAGGACAUUCGCGCAUACGCCUUGUGACCGAGGGCGAGGCAAGUUUACACUUUUGCGUGUCAAACAUGCUUGCCUCCGAGAGUUUAUCGACAGUACACGCCGAGAAAUCUGGAUUUGGCAUGGAGGGCGGUGUGCCUAGCGGAGGUGUCAUUGUUAUUGACGCUGGGGGUGGUACGAUUGACGUCAGUGCCUAUUGCAGUACUGGCUCGACGAUGAUCUUUGAGGAGAUCGCACCAGCGGAGUGCCGUAUGCAAGGCUCGGUGUUUGUGACUCGCCGUGCGGGAACAUUGAUAAAAGAAAAACUUAGUGGAUCCCGCUUUGGCGUGAUGGACUAUGUGGAGCAGAUGACAGCUGCUUUUGACCAAGAAGGCAAAAUCCGCUUCAGGGGUCCCGAGAGCCUAACCUUCGUCAAGUUUGGAACGAUCCGUGAUACUGAUUCCACGUGUAACAUUCGUAACGGGCGACUCAGGCUUGAAGGACAAGAUGUAGCUCGUCUAUUCAGACCAUCAGUCCAGAGUAUCAUCGAUGCCGUCAACAAGCAACUGUUGGCGUCAAGUAGCGAUAUCUCGUUUAUCUUCCUCGUCGGCGGCUUUGCUAUGAGCGACUAUCUGUUUUCAGAGCUUCAGGCGUACGUGUCUGGCCUCGGACUUACCCUUCAUCGUCCACACAGUGAUACGGGUAAAGCCGUCGCUGAUGGGGCGGUAUCGUUCUACGUCGACCAUCUCGUGUCUGCCCGUUUUUCUAAGUUCACUUAUGGUUUCAACUGCAGUACUCGCUACGACUGUCAUGACCCAGAACACGCGCUUCGGGAAGAAACCGUUUAUACUUCGUUAUCGGGAGUGAAAGUGAUCCCUAACCACUUCGACAUAAUACUUCCAAAGGGCAGCCGAGUAUCCGAGCUCGAUGAAUAUAGGCGUACCUAUACAGCACAAACCAAAAUAAGGGCUGCUUUCCUGUCCAUGAAUCGAGAAAUCGUCUGUCAUCGCGGAAGUGGUCCCGUUCCAACCUUCGCGGACGGAGAAGAGGCUGAUGACUUUUCAACUGCAUGCACCGUGCGAGCUGACACCUCCGGUGUUUCCCAACUACUUAAUAUCCACAGGGGGAAGUCGCAAGCUUACUUUGAGCUGGACAUAGACAUUGUUCUCUUCUUUGGAUCUACAGAACUACAAGCUCAAAUCGCCUGGACAGAGAACGGCGUUGAAAAAAGGUAA